AUGGCGGUGGGGUUCUUCGCCCAACUUCAGCGCUCCUGGCGGGUGGUCGGGGAUGCGAGGGAGCGGCAGAGCCGCGGCGCCGAUCCAGCUCGAGGCCCAGGACACUCCGCAUCGCAUGCGCUUCCUCCCGUUCCUUUAACCAACCUCGGUAAGACUAUGGGUCCGACUACUGAAUUCGCCUCGUCCGAGGUUAGAAACGAUAACGUGGAUAUCGGACACGCGGCAGAUAAUAUUACGGCCAUUACCUUACCCAGACCAGAUUCUGACUUAUAUAGGGACCCUAAUUCCGAUAAAGAAUUAUGGGAGAUUUCCCCAAACAGUAGGUCGGACACAAACUCAGAAAAUUUUGACUUUUGGACGUAUACCCCCGUCUUCGCGUCAUGUUUUUUUAAAAAAUAG